AAAACGACAGAGCUUUAGCUCCUCCCCUCAAGUCAACGCAAAUACAAUUCUAUAGCGUUUCAUAUCUGUCAAAUGUCAAAACUUUUAACCGCGAAAAUCCUAACCUCACAUAUUUUGCUUUCAAAAAUAACGAAGAUGUAAAAAGAAGUUUUAAAGCUUCAACGAAUAUUAAAGCAGUUAUAGAUUGUAUGUUAUUUAUGUAUUUAUACUGCAAUUUGUUGUAUCAACAUGUCUGAUAGUGACAGUCCUGUUUUAACAUCACAGUUACCUAAAUCCCAAAAUGCAGUCUUCAAGAAGAUUUUGAAACAGUCAGGUGUGAUAUUAUCUUUAGGGGAUGAACCACACAUUCUGAAGCAAGAGCAGUCUCUGGCAGUCAGAGACUUAGAGAAAAACCUGUCUAAAAAUACUGCAACUCUGAGUGAGUUCGUUAGAGGCCUGGAGGCAUUUUGUAAGAAAGAAAAAUACUUUAAAAAGUCGCUAGUGAGUUCUGUGUUACGUAAAAACGAUGACAAUUCCGAUAACAGGCAUCUAGAUAUUGAACAAGAAAGCUUGAUUAGAAUUUUCCUCAAAACGAACCAAGUCCAAAAGUAUAUGAUAGAGAUCCUUCUCAAUGAAAUUAUGGCAGUAGCUCCUGAGGCAUUAGAAACCACCCAAUAUCUCCACUUGCUUCUGAACCCUCUCAGAUAUCUGCCUUACAUCGUAAACCCCCAAGAAUUGUCCACACGACUAUUAGACAUGCUAGAGAUAGCAACCUUCCCUUCGCAACUGGAGAUUCUCGACGCUCUACCUGAUAUUAUGCCUGACUCGCAAUACGCGGAAACUGCCAAGCAACUUUGCAAACUUAUGGAUGACAACGACGAGCUGACAGGGGCUGCAAUAGAUUGCUUGAACGCAUUGGAACUCGAUGGAGAAAUCAAGGCACAAGUACGAGAUACAAUUUUGGCAAAGAUUGCAGGGGGCACCAAUUUGAAAGUAUUUCCUGUACUUCUAUCUUUCUUAAUGUCAGACUGCAAAUCCAAUAACAUUGUACCAACUCUUAUGAAGAUUCGAAAUGCUCUUGACAUGAUGAUGUCAUCGACAACCAAGGACAACAAAGAACGAGAGUCCUGUAGGAUAUUAAUAUUUAACAAGCUGCAUAUGUAUGCUAUUUCACCAAAAAUUGUGUCAGAAUCCUGGAUGAACAUGAUAUGUGGCAUUAGGUCUCAUAGUGACCACCGACCGAUAGAUUACUUGUUGCUUUUUAUGUUGCACUCAAAAGCGCAUUUGAAAAAAAGAAUCAUCGAGCUGACUUUUAGGAAAAGAAUACAGUCAGGCUUGUUCAAAAUUAAACAGUUAGAAAAAAUGUUUGAAGAAUACAUGCCUCAGCAGCUUUUGAAGGAGUAUUUUGAGUCUAUAGUGAGAAUAGGUUGCUACUUGUUGAGGAAUUCCAAUGACCAAAUUGUCAUUGACUUUGCUUGCACGCUGUUCCAAUCUCUGUUCAGUCACAAAUAUACCGAACCGAUAUAUCGACGAGAAGUUUUGGAAGCCCUCGUAAUCCUAGCGUGUUCUGUGGACCAGAAGAAGAUAAUCAACAUACUGAAAUUGCUAUCGUCAUUUUUGCGAGAGAAACUGAUCUUGCAGCAACAUGCUGUGUUGCUAAUGAGACUUUUAGAAAAGCUGGACAGUUUCAGUUUGAGAGAUUUGAAAGAGGUGUUCGAGUUAUUGUGCAGUUUGACAUGCGGCGAAGAUGUCGAUGACUCGCUGUCUGGAUUGACGGAUGAGAUACAUAUGAUCGUUAGGAAACAGUUGCAUAGUACUAAAAAGAGCAUUAAACUUAGAGGUAUAAUCUCGGCUGUGGUAAUGGCCCGACACAUCGCGCUAAUCUCCGAAGAACCGGAUGUAGAGGUACCCAAAGGUAUUCUCACCAUCAACCAACUGCCUAGAGGUGUAGCUAGAGACGCGGCAUCCAUUUUGGAGUUGACCAGCACAUCGAUAGCAGGCUGUCCCGAAUUGAUAGGCCUUUAUUAUGACCAACUGGCUGCAAUGUUGAUGCCGAAUACGUUUUUUGAUCCGUAUUUUUUGGCCUGGUUGCAUGAUACCAUCACAGUCGAUUUUCAGGCGAAAUAUUUGAGCACCUUGACGCCCAAUGUUGUUAAUGACAUCACGUCUAGUUCACAAUAUUCAUUGAAUAGUUCCGAUGAAACGCUCGAACCGGUCCAAGUAAACAUAGCAGGGCUGACGCUGUCAAACGAUUCUUCCGUCUUAUUGUUAGCUGCCCACUUUAGACUGUUACGUCUGUUGAACUACAGACAACAGAAAGGCGACUUAUCGUCAAUCGACGCUUUGCUAGGCUCGCCGGUAGUUUUACCCGACGUGGAUGAUUUCGAUGACUUGGACUUGGAUCAGGUGAAGGAGGUGGCCGAUUGUCUGUUUCACUGCGUCAACUGGUUCAGGGAACUGGUUAGCGGGUUCGUCACGCAGAAGAAAAAGAAUAUAAGGGCCAAAGUCGUUCACAGGCUAGAGAACCUCCUCGAACUGGAAGAAAAACUGAGAAAGUGCCUGCAAAGAUGUCCCGAGCACAAACUUCCGUGCAGCUAUUUCGACUCUGUUCAUGAAUUGAACAAAACCGUAUCACCUAUGAAAAAAGACAGCAAACCGAAGAAUCCACGGAAAAAAUUGAAAAUCACCAAUGGAACUGAACACGAUGAAACGAACGCUGCGACGCAAGCCAAUACUCAAGCUGUCAGCAAGAAGAAAUCAAAUAUAAGAUCGUUCGAUAGCGAGAAUGAGAUCAGAUUUAGAGAAAUGGAUACUGACUUAUUGUUAUUGUUGAAGUAUCCUAUAAAAUUCACGGAAGAUGAGGAUAUGAUACCAACUACGCAAACAGCUACUUUGACCGUCGAUCAACUCAAAUUUAUUUUGAAAGACUUCGUGUCCAAAGUUUCUGUCUUGACGCAAGGAAAAGACAUAGGCCUUUCCCAUCUCAACAUGGUCGUACCAGUUCACAUAGUCACCGACGGAGCUGUCUUGUUGCCAAAUUUAAACAGCCACUUAAAGAUCGUUGUGAGAGGAAUUAAUAGAGUUCUCGAAGAGGUUGAUGGUAUAACAGAUAGAGCAGAAUUAUUCACUGAGGAAUGUCUGGGUUUAAAAGCUUGUUUUGGCUUGACGAUCGAAAUUUUUUAUCUGUUGUUCAGUUGGACCGGAUUCCAACAUCAUAGCAACCUGGAGCUGUUGAAAAAAUUACUAAUAAGCCUCCGAGAUGCGGAAUCUCAAAUUCCACUUUCAGCGAAUCGGCUGAUUACUGAAUGCAUCGUAACAUUCACCGGAUAUACGGAACAGUGUCUUGAAAUUUCGCAAGGUGUACAUCUUAUAAAAACAGUUCAAGUUUUGUACAGCAUAACAACGCCGAACAAUGAAAUACAGAAAAAAAUUGUAGCCGCCGCUGGAAAGUUGCUUUCCAGAAGAUGGUACAAUUCCAAGGGAGCGCUCGAUUCAGGCAAAAAUUACAACACCAACGUUGACACGCUGAUAAAAGCGUACUUGGGCGGGGUCAGUGCCAAAAUUAUAUGCGGUCUUGUUGGAAAAUUGCAAGAACAAGCUGACAUGUUGAAGGCCAAGGAAGAUUACCUGCCUAUGAUGAAUAGCAUCGACAAGCAGUGCUUUCACAUCUUUUACAAUGCUCUGUGUACAGCUCUCCUCAAAAGGGUGAAAACAGAGGUAGAGGCCUUAACGAACUCGGAACAUCUCCAAUUGUGGGACACAACGACCCUAGCGAUGCAAGGGUUGAUGAGCAUCGCCAAGGCAAAGAACACGAAAGCGGUCUUAGGUUCGUUUUUGAAGAAAUCCAUAGAAAUUCUGAAAGUGUUCCUGUCGCACGGAAUACCUAUCAUGGAGCUGACGUUGCGCUCGAGACCCGAUGAAGUCGUCAGGAUUUUCAAAAAUCUCCAAAUCAGUACAAGGUUUCUGCAUCAUCUUUGCUGUUAUUCCAAACUGAUGAAGGACUCGAGUCUCGUAGCGUUCGUACCGAAGUUCAGGCUGAUUUUAGAAACGCUCGUUUACAGAGUGAAAGCAACAUUAGUAGCCAACAAUUGUUCAGCGGCUUUCUGGAUGGGCAACCUGAGAAAUAAAGAUCUGGAAGGGGAGGAUAUUCUAUCUCAAAGUACUGCCGCAGAAAGUAGCGAACAGCAAAAUGACGAAGAAGAGGAAUUGCCAGAAGACUCCGAUGUGGAUGAUUCGGAACAUGAAAGUACUGCAGAGAGGAAUACAGAAAGUAGCGAGGCUUUCGAUUGAAAACAUGUUUUCAGCCUUAACAGGAAUCUUCUUACUCGAAUCGUUAUGUUUGUUAAAGUGUUUUAUUUUGCGCAUUUGAAUUAUUUUGUUGUGAGUGCCUUCAUAAUAACAGUACGUUAAAUAAAGGACCGUAUGUUGAUAUAUACUCAGU